AUGUCUUCCACCGACUCCAGUGACAUCCCAGGCCUCGAAGAGCUUCCAAACGCCCCGCGGGUGACAUUAGCACCAAAUGUUACUCUACAGCCUCCACUUUCCCGUCGGGGACAUGGUCCUGGACUCAUUGUGAUAGAUCCCGGCUAUGAUUUUCCGUAUAUUCCCUCCGCAGAGCUGCCAUCAACUACCCUGGAUCCCGUCCCACAAUACAAAUGGGCCGAGGAGGGAUAUGCCGUCUUGCGUAUUGCCGCGCGCAAGACCUCCGAGCCUGGAGACUGGUCACUAGAAGCUGGAUUCCUCGAUAAGGCUAUUGAGAGCCUCAAGGGUCUAGAGGAAUGUGACGUGAAAGACAAAUUUGGCAUACUCGUGUAUGGGACACCCGAAGAAUAUACAUCAUCAUUCCUAGGACAGCUUGCGACGGCUGUGGCAAGCUCCGACAACAUCGUGGCUGUUGUCACUUUCUCUUCUGCAUUUGAUUUCGCCUCUGCCUCCAAGCCUCAGCUGGUUCAUCAAGCAGGCGAAACAGUCCCCACAGAAAAAGAGGGACUAACAAUUUAUACAUACCCUGAGGUUGCAACGGAUUUCAUCAUGCCCCACAGCCCUGGUUUUGUCUAUUCUGCUGCAGCGGUGUCUCAUACCCGCAGCUUGACGUUCAUCAAGAAGUAUAUCGGUGGUCCCAUAUUUGAGCUGGAGAAAAUAUGGGAUGAGCACACGUAUUGGGAAUUUGAGAAUCGUUCUGUUGAGAAGACAAUGGCUACUAUGGUGCGAGAGCCAUAUGUUAAUCACAUUCCCACGAUGACCGGAGGUAUUGGACGAAAGCGCCUAACGGAUUUCUAUCGCAAUCACUUCAUCUUCAGUAACCCGGACAGCAUUAAAAUGAACUUGGUCAGUCGAACGCUUGGUGUUGACCGCAUUGUGGAUGAAUUUAUUUUCAUGUUCAACCACGAUAAAGAGGUUGAUUGGCUUCUUCCCGGAAUCCCGCCAACUCAUCUUCCCCUCCGCAUUCCAUUCUAUGCAGUGGUGAACAUUCGUGGAGACAGACUGUACCAUGAACACAUUAGUUGGGAUCAAUCUACAGCACUCCGUCAGCUUGGCUUACUACCCGAAUACUUAUCCUUUCCACACGCCGUUCCUGGAAUGGAAGGCAAGACACUGCAGUAUAAACUACCAGUGGCAGGAGUUGAGACGGCUGAGAAGCUCGAGGAUCAGCGCAAAGUGGAUAGUAAUACUCUCUUCAUGCCCAAUGGGAGUGGGAUUCGUGAGUAUCAAGGUCAUGAUGGGGUAUAG